AUGAAGAAGCUCGUGAUCUUCAUCUUAUCUACUCUGUUUCUCACCACCGCGAACUCUGAAACGCAGUGCCGGCGUUUCAAGUCGAUCAUCAGCUUCCGCGACUCCAUUGCCGACACAGGAAACUUGCUCGGCCUCUCUGAUCCUAACGAUCUUCCUCAUGUCGCGUUCCGUCCAUACGGAGACACAUUCUUCCACCAUCCCACGGGCCGUUUCUCAAACGGUCGCCUCAUCAUCGUACUUGUCCCCACUCUUCCAAUCGUUGCGCGCCACGUCGAUACGGACUCGGCGGCGUUGCCAAUCUUCAACCAAGCUGAGAUACUGAAUGAGUGGUUAAGCAAGAACGGGGUGUAUCCGGAUUUAACAGAGGCUUUUGAGGUUUGGUGUUACAGAUCAAAAGUGGCCAAGAGAAGAUUGGGUUUGCUAGGUGGAGAGGAAGAUGGGAAUGGCAUGUCUUAA